ACCAAACCUGGUGGAAUGAACAUGAUUACCCUCUUGAUUUUCAGCCUGGGUUGGGGUAAUUGGUAAAAAAAAACAAAUGAAAUGAGAGACCAGUAUAGCGGUACUUCUGGGGGAACCCUUACAAAAAAAAAGAUGGCAAACCUUUUAUUCCAAAAAAAAGCUACAGCAGGGGUGAAGGUGAGUGAAAAGGUAAAAUUUGCCACAGUUAAUAAAAUAAAUCACGAAAUAGUAAUAGUACUUCUAAUUAAAUGAAGAACUAAGUUCAAUCAAAAUUUAAACAAACUUCUAUGGGAAAUUUGAUUUUCUUUUCAUUAACAAGCUGCCAAGAUGUUGGCUCAAUUCUUCUACUCAAAGUCCCCUAAUCUCACUCUCCGCCUGUAAUUUCACAUCCAAACUUCAGUAUCUGUAUUUGUCUUGAUGGAUCCUACUGGAUUUGCAGAGCUGUCGCAUAACUUUAGGAGGCCCAAUUCAAUUUUCGGUCCUGUGCCCCCUGUAGUCACAAUAGUCAAUAGUGUUGUUAAAGCAAAAGGUGAUAGUUUAAUUAUUUUUCCACAUCACAAUUUUGCCAUCAUUGUUGGGCCCCUUAUUCUCAUACACAAAGCCAAGGCGAUCCAAACAUAAAAAUUAAUUUUGAAAUGUUCAGUUUCAGUGUUUUAAGAUACCUCAGAAUACCUGUCAUUCAGAAUAGUUUUCCCCAUUUUUAAAUUCCAUCUGCUUUAACUUCAAUAAACCAGUCCAGUACCUGAAGACUAGGGUAGGCAUGUUCUUUAGCUAUUUUUUUUCAACAGAAAUGUAUGGCUGAAAUUUCAUUAUAAAGAAGCAGUCAAUAUUCAAGGAUUUAAUCAACAGUAAAAUUGUAUAAAUAUGCACAUUUUCCAUAUCAUUUGUCAGACAGAAUGCUCAUUAUAUUAUUAAAUACCGGUACAAUGAAAUUUUGAUAAACUUUGGUAAAGAAUAAUUUUUAAUGGUACAUCUGAUAUUUACCUUAAACAAAAUUAUAUUGGUCCAAACAAAAAUCACCACACUAAAAAGGUCCAUUGUGUCGGUUGACAAUAUUGAAUUGAAUACUUGCAUAGUGCUUGUAUCCAUACUAUUUUAGUGUGCUCACAAUAGGGUUGCUCACCCAGGGCUUUCAACAUUUCACAUGAGAAGACAGUAAAAAAAAAGCUUUGUGAACAAAAAUUUUAAAAUUAAAUCAACAUAACAACACAGGAGAAAUUAAAUAGACCCAGAAGACAGUAUGAGUAUCAAUUUUGAGUAUCUAAAUAGCUCUGACAUAAAAAAAAGUACCAAUUUUGAUUUGAAGUUACACUUCUCACAAACCUGAAGUGAUUAUGUCUUCAAAUUAAUCUUUUUGCUCCAUGAUUAGGAUUUUUAUUCAUUUAUUUUAUUGCUUUUAUUUUUAUUUUAUUAUUUUUAAUUUUCAUAUUUUAUUUUUUAUAAUUAUGCCUAUGUUCUCUGUAUUAGGCCUAACUUUUUGAAUUUUAAUAGUCUAUGAUUUUCUCCCAUUGAAUAUUUCCAUCGAGAAACAUAUUUUGGGGAAAUAUCUAAAAAAUCUCCCAUUCCUUGGUUUUUAAAAACACAGCAGAUGUCCCAGGGCUCCAACCUUUUCAAUAUAGAUCAGGCAAACUGACUUUUAUAAUAUGGAUCAGACAAACUGAUUUCUAUAACUUACCCAUUAUUUUUAACGCUUUCAUCAUUCAAAUGCUACCUUCUAUAAACAAACAUUUAACAAAUUGUACUAGAACUAAAAAAAAAAAAAAUUAACUUCCAGACCUUUUGUAUUUAUGUCCAUAUCAUUGGUUAAAUGAUAAUAGUAAUACACUGAGCCAUUCCUUCAUUUUAGGAACUGGUGGCCGAUAGGUGUUUCUCUCUCUUUUUUAACACUAAAACAUCCAGAUGACUGCAAAUAAUCACUAACUCAUUAAUUUAUUUCAAAUUAUUUAAUGAAUAAUUGGAGGAAAAAAAUUAUGAAGGUCCAUGUUUUCCAUUACCGGUAUUACUAGUUUUAAAAAAAUGGGUGGAAUCAUAUUUAUUAAUUUAAAAAAUCUGUAUAUGCAAUUUUACUAAUUAAAACCUAUGCACAAUUAGACUAAUAUAAAAACUGUACAUAUGGUAUACACUUAGACUAAUAUAAAAACUGUAUGUGCAGUUAGACUAAUUUAAAAAUUGUCCGUACAUCUCUAUGAAAAAAAUCACAAUGGUUUUAUUAAUUAAAGUUAAUUUUAUAAAAUGGAUGCUUUUCCUUGGUCCUAACUUGUGGAAGUUGUAAAUCUCAUUUUUUUGUUUUUCAAUUCAUAAUAUGUUUUAACUAAAUUUUUUUGUUGCCUGAGGAAGGCUAAAGCAGUCUAUUUAUUAUUUUAACUAGCCGAUAUACCCUGCAUUUCCGGCAUUUAUUCAGAACAAAGGAACUUAUACAGCCUUAUAAUUAACAUUAAUUUAAGCACCAUGUAAAAAAACCUCCGCUGUUGUAAAAAAUAGUAAUAAAUCUGUCUCCUAAAAAAAAAAAGAGAAAAAGAAUUAGAAAUACUCAUACCAUCAGAGAAAGCAAAAACUCCUUUCAGCCUCAAUAUACAAGAAUUAGAAGAAGAACUAGAAAAAAUUUAACAAAAUAAAUACUAUGGGGCACAUGUUAGGAGUAGAACUUUCACUAAUAACCAAGAGGCACCUACAAAGAUAUUUCUAACAAUAGAACAAAACAUACAAAAAAGUAGACAGAUAGGACCGAUCAUUGACUCAAAAGGGGAAACACACACAGAGACUCCAAAGAUCGUAAAUUUAAAAAACCUAAUACAUAUAAACCAACAAUGCAGCAUCAAAUGCAGAGACGUACAUAACCACAUCAUUUCAUUGGAGACCUUAUUCAAUAUUCAAAUGAGAAAAACAUCCAAACUUGCAUAUUAUCACUAGAUCAAGAAAAAGCAUUUGAUAGGGUAGACCACACAUACUUAUAUAAAAUAUUACAACACAACAAUUUAUGGGAUUAUUUUUGUAAUUAGGUACGGUAAAAAUUUUAUACAAGGCCCCAAUUAGUAAUCUUAUAAUAAACAUCACACUUUCUAAAGACAUUAAAAUUGAUAGAUCAGUUAGACAAGGGUGUCCCCUAUCCCAUACAUUUAUAUCUUAUCCUUUGAACCCUUGUUAGAGAGAAUUAGAAGGGAGGAGAGUAUUAAAGGAGUAAGGAUCCCUGGCGGUAAUGAAACGAAAAUCAUUGGAGUCCCACUUACAGACAACCUCUCCAUGGACAAACAUGUCAUGAAUAUAUGUAGAUUAGCAUAUAACGAAAUUAGAAAAAUCAGCACCAUUAGACACCUCUUCUUUGAUGCCGCAAAAACUCUCGUCUCUUCACUCAUUCUUUCAAAAUUUGACUACUGUAACACUCUUCUCGCAGGCAUCCCUCAACACCACAUAGACAAACUUCAGAAGGCACAGAACUCAGCAUGCAGACUCAUUUUUAAAUCAAAGAAACAUGACCACAUUCAACCACACAUGUGGAUUGGUAGGCGGAAAGAUAGACGAGAUUUCCCUUUGGAAAUUGUAAGGAAAGAAAGUCUUAGGAUUUAUGGGAUUUAUUUUUCAAACCAACAGACUCAAACUAACAUAGAAACAUGGCAAAACAUUUAACAAUCAAUAAGAAAACAGCAUUGACAGACAUAAAUACACAGCACGCACAAUUUUUGGCAGGAGCACAAUCAUAAACACAUAUGUUAUUCCAAAAAUAAUAUACACAGGGAACAUAUGGGGUCCCCCACCAACAAUUUUAAAACAAAUCAACUUAUACAUCAGGAACUACAUAUUUCAAGGAACAAUGCAAAACAUUAAAUAUACAACAUUAAUCCAAUCUAAAUUAGAAAAGGGGGGGGGGGAAUAAUUUACAAGACAUACAAACUAAAUUAAAGGCACUUAGAAUCAAAUUUAUAGGACAAGCCAUUAGAAAGAAGGGUGAACAUUUAUUACAUAGGGAUAAGGUUACGACAUUUAAUAAAAAAAUGACAACAGCACACCACAUAACAUGGGAAGAAAUCAGUUGGAUUUUCAUAUGGCAUGCAUCCACACAUUAAAAGGCAACGAAACACUUAUACACAAAACAACCAAAGAAAUUUACACACAUUUAAUAAAGAGACAAGCAACACCACUCUACAGUAGAAUAAAAAUAAAAUGGACACAUGUUUAUGAAACAAUAAACACUAAGAAUACAUUUAAAAAUACACACAUUAAAGAAAUAGAAAAUACAGUCAAAGAAAUAACAUAUAGACUCAUAGUCAUAUACAACAUGACACCUGUCUCAUCAAGACCAUUUAAGGACAGAGUUAAGCACAUAGAAUGUCCACUCUGCAGGACAGGGGGUGAUGAGACAGAACAACAUUUAUAUCUGACAUGCAACACAAUAUUACAGACUACUAGGGGUGUGCCGGACCCCGAUCCGGAAUCCGGUUCCGCCGGAUUUUGCACUAUCCGGUGAAAUCCGGUUCCGCCGGAUUUACAUGUAUCCGGAACAACCGGAUUCCGGAAUCCGGAAUAUACCGGAUUUCGGAAUUUGCCAGAUUUUGUGACUCACCGGAUCAUAAUCUGAAAUAAAAGUAAUUCUCUUUCCCGAAUUUCACACGAUCACGAUACAUUAAUCGAUUGUUUCGAGCGUUGAGCUUGUUUAAUGUUUAAUAUUCCGUACAUACCAGAGGCUAGAGUCAGCACCGCUAAUAGUGGCCAAUAGUGUAGGGACUUUGAUAAGAAAAUUUAAACUUUUUGUAAAAAUAAACCAAUGGCAUAGUUGAAAAGAUGUAAUUUUUUAAAGAAUUAUAACACCAAAAUCAUAUUUUUAGCUGUUGUAGUUUUAAAGUUAUGAAUUUUUAAAGUACGACUUGGUUUGUCAUUUUUUAACAUGGACUGCAUCUCCACAUUCUGUGAUCUCAUUCCACCAAUCCCGUCAUGCGCAAUGACUAUAUAGUUUAUAUAAGGCAACGCAUUCCCUGCCUUAUCACUAAAAUACUGUUUAGACUUAGUUUAAACUUUCAACUUUGGCACAUGAAUAAUUAAUUAAAGCUUUCCCUGACCAAUGGUUUAAUAGUUUUUGCACACGGCAAACUCUUAUGAAUGAAACUCUGAGGUAGUACUACGAUACAGUUAUGCAAGUGGCUGUGAAUGGUUGCCAAUGACAACGUGUUGCACACGGUAAAUUCUGAUCAUUUAUAAUAUGGAUUCUACCGGGUUGUUAAAGCUCAAAUUAAAACAUUCCAGUUUAAAUGUCUUUAAAUGCAUUCUGAAACACAAGUUAUCAAUUAUUUUGAUGUAAAUAGUGAUAAUAAAUUAAUAUUUCCUAAGUAUCGUCAACUUCCGCCAUUAAAAAGGGGGGCGUGGCCAACCCCAUGGCGAAAUUAGGUUGAGCGAGCUGCAUAACCUGCUGCGAACGCGUAGAAACAUGGCGUCUCUCGUAAGACACUUAUCCAAAUGGAACGGAACUCAAAUAUAUAUCGAAAGUACUAAUUUAAUAAUAAAUAGACACACACAUCGGAAAAUUAAAAACUCGGAUUUUUUGGCGCCGAUUGCGAAUUCCCAUACACAAAAAGUAGUAGUCCACCUUGACUUACCGAAGUAUCUACCAAUAGUACCAAAAUCCGGAAUCCGGGAGAAACCGGAAUCCGGAUCCGGCGGAUUUCGCAUAAGAAAAUCCGGAUCCGGAUCCGGUUGGAAAAAACGGAUCCGGCACACCCCUACAGACUACAUCUACACUUAAACAAAUCAUCCAAGCAGGUACAGUACCCAGUAGAUAUAGAUAGAGCCAAAACACUAAACACUAUACCAGCAUCCAAAAAACAAGAAACAACACACAAUAAAUCUAAUAUUACUUUCACAAUACAGAAAACAUGUAUGGCACCACAGACUUAAGGCUUUUUUUCAUAAGCAUCAUUACACAAAAAUUACAUUUGAAACACUUUUUAGAUUUAAAAUACUCAACACAAUUCAAAACAUAAUUUAAGAAAAUAAAAUGACAAAAUAAUACAUUCAAAUAAUUUGUUUAGCAUUCCAAUUCAUUUAGACAUCAUGUUAAAUAAUUCAUAAUAGAAACAAAUGUUUAAUUUAGUACGCACACACUGUUUAAUUAGAAUUUCAGCAACUUUUAUGUCAAUAGAUUAUUUCAGCACAUGAUGUAAAACUGUUCAUUUGACACUUUGGAAAAUUUUCCUGAAAAUAUUUUAGUUUUGCUCUGUUUAUAUAAUAAUGAUUUUGAUAAAAAAAAAAAUGAAAAGUAGACUAAUCUUAAAAGAAUUGCCCACUUGUCCUCAAUCCUAUCAUUAAAGGUUGUAUUAUAAAUUUAAAAAAAAAAAAAAAAUCUGUCCUCUAUUAAAACACGUUUUAAUAACUUUUGUAAAACUUUCCUUCCCCCCAGAGGAUCCCAAUCCCGGAGGGAACCCAAUCGGAUCAUGUUACCCAAUGGGAUCCCAUUUUAUGAUGUAUACCUGUUUUCCAUAGGGAUCCUGAGCCCGGUGGGAUCCCGAGCCUAGUGGGUUCCCCAUCCCGGUAGGAUAACAAUACCUGUGGGAUUCCAAUUCUUGUGGGUUCCCGAUCACAUCACAAUCCAUCUUCCCGGUGUUAUCCCUGUUGGAUCAUAAUCCCGGUGUGAUCCUGUUUCCCGGUGGGAUCUCUACACCGGUUGGAUCCCGAUCUCGGUGGGUUCCCAUUUCCCUGUGGGGUCUUUAUCCCAGUGGGAUUCCGUUUUCAGGUGGGAUCCCGUUUUCAGGUGGGAUCUCAUUCUACAUGGGAUCCCGUUUCCCAUUGGGAUCCUCUUCUCUGAUUGUAUCCUGCUACUCUAUAGGAUCGUGUUACUGGUGUGUUCCAGUUUACUCGUUGCCUUUUAGGAUCCUGUUCCUUUUUGGGAUCAUAUUGCCAGUGGGAUUUUGUUUCCGGUAGGAUUAUAAAGGGUAAGUUCAAAGAAAAACCCAUGAAAGUAUAGAAAUGAAUAAAGCUAAACUAAAAUUUUGUAAGUUUUUAGAUCCUAUUAUAUAUCCCCGUAGAACUAUAUAGAACUUUCUGGAUCAUUCUAGAUUAAAAUUAAUAUCCUCCUCGAAACGUUAAAAAAACAACUUUUCCAAGUAAUUAUUUUUCAAAUACAAAAAAUUAUACAACUAAAUGCACUUCAAUAACUAUAGUACAUUUAAGUUGAAAGAGGGGCUCCAGCGGGGUCCCAUUUCAUAAUUGUACUGAAUCAGUUUUGCCUGAGAUGGGGGCCUUAUAAAAAUCAUUCAUAUAAAUCAAGGAGUUAAAUUUUAAAAUGUGUCCCAGUAAAAUCAAUUUAAUAAUAAUAAUAAUAAUAAAGUUCAUUUCAAAAACACGCUUCAUCCCCAAAGGCUCGAAUCAAUAGGAUUGUCAAGUAUUUUGACAGAGAGGGAUCAACUAUUAAUAAAGAAGAGAACAAAAUUAACGUUAACCAUGGUGGAGUGGCCGUGGUGAUAGCGGAGGACAGCACAAACACAGGCGAGGAAGAACUGAAUCCAAGCAGUACAUCAUACACAAACAGUCACCAAUGCAACAAACAGCAACCGGUUUGUUGUAAACGAAAGUUUAUUUAUCACCACUCGAUGAACAAGACUUGAUGUAUAAUUUCAGAAUUUGAUAAUAAAUCACUCCAACCAAAUAUUAAUCAACAUACCAAUCCAAACACUUCUGCCAGUAUAUCCCUCAUCAAUUCUCUCAGCACAACACUUAGCCGUAUUCAAUUCACAACAGUCAAUGUAGCACAUCCGCCAUCGCUCUUCUCUAACCACAACAGGCAUAUUAUUAUAGUGACAGUGACGAUGACGAGAGUCAAGGGGAAGAAAUAUAUUAUGGCAUUGCCAGCAUUCACUGUGAGAAUCCCUAUAAAAAUUUUAAUAUAUUUUCUAUUAAUGUAAGUGAAGACAACUUUAUUGACGAUUAUGUGGAUAACGGUGGACAUACUCAUGAUCCUGACCCCAGGCAAGAGCCGGCCUCACAACCAAGGUUCAUGGCUAAAGAUCCUGAGGAACAAAAUGAUAUUAUUGCCUCUGCUGACGACUCAAUUAAAGUUAUCGAACUUUCUAGAAAAUUCUAGAUUGGAUAUUCUUAGUUUUAAAUCCACCGAUAUUUCAAUACAGACAAAGAAGUGUAUUGCUUCCAUGCUAGGCCUACAUCAAUCAAGUCACAUAGGACCUAUAGUGUUGUCUAAGCCUAUUGAUAUUUAUAUAGCUUACAUAGGGAAAAAUAAAAUGCCCCAGAAGGAUGGAUAUUAUGAGUUCAGUACACUUUGCUAUUUGAAUAUGGAUAAUCAAGUGUCUGUGUACUAAGUUUGGUCAAGAUCCAUCUAUUCAUGUAGGAGUAUUAAGCCUAAUGGUAUUUAUAGAGCUAAUAUAAGGAAAAAGGAAAUGGGGCCCCAGGGGAAUGGAUAUUAUGAGUUCAGUACCCUUCGGUAUUUGUUUAUGGAUAAUCAAGUGUAUGUGUACUAAGUUUGGUCAAGAUCCAUCAUUUCGUGUAGGAGUAUUUGUUGUUAAUUUUAUUUAUAUGGCUUAUAUAAGAAAGAAACGAAUUUGGGGCUCUCUGCCCCAAACGGAAUGUUAUAAAAAGUUCAUAAGCCCUUAAGAGUUCCUUCCAGAUAAUGCUGAAUAUAUGUGCCAAGUUUAGUCAAGAUCCAUUGAUCCAUGUAAAAACAUAUAUGGAACAAGCCCACAAACAUUCACUUUUAUAUAUAUAAAUGAUAUGAUAUGAUGUGUAUUAUUACAGCUGUCACAUUUAGCUUGUCGUCAUGUCAUCCCGUGUCAUCAAAACAAAAUAUCUAUCAAAUUCUGCCUUUAGUUGACCAUCGCUCUAAUUGAGGCCUGUUUUUGUUCUAAUUUGCUCCUUUUGUUCCACCCAAAAUUUAUAUUUAACUGGGUCAGAAUACAAGAUUAAACUUAAAUAAUAUGAAUUUUUAGUUCUACCAUCUCACAAUAAUGAGUAGUAAUUAAUGGUCAAAUAAAAUUAUGGUUAGUUAACAAUCAAAAUAUAAGUUGUGUCAGGAAAUCCAUUCAACUGCUUAUGUAAGUUAAAAAAAAUAAAUAUUCAGGAUAUGGUCCUCAGAUUAUUUUCUAAAGCAUGAGAAAAGGUCUUUGGCAAUCCCAAAAGACACUGACUGCACAGACCUGGUUGACAUAGCUGAGCUAAAAUACAUGAAUAUUGCAACACAACAGUUAUUUUUUUAAUUUUAUUUUUGUUGGUAAUAUGAAAAUAAAUAUGAAUGUGUAAACUUAAAAACAAUAUUGAAGCAGAGAAUACAAGAAUAAAAUUAAUCAAAAAAGGUGUGUAAAGGAAUAUAUUUAUUAAAUUUCCUAGCAAUAGUGAAAAAUUUUCAUCUGUCUACUUCAUUAAAAAGAUUUUACAAUGUUUUGCCUUGAUUUUCAAAUUCCUGAAAAAGUUUAGCAAUGUGGGAUUCUAGAACAUGUAUUUAGCUACCGGGUACCACAAAAAGAAAAAAUCACCUCUAACAGAAAAAUAUUCUCUUUUGUUCACUGAGACAGCAAAGGCCAAUCACUGUUAUUCUUAUUCGAUUGCUUACAGCGUUAAUACAAAAAAUUUGGUAUAUUUUUAUUAAAAAUAAACCAAACAAGUGAAAAAACUUCAGAAACCUUUUUUUUUUUUUUUGGUUCCUUGUAGUACUUUAGUCUUAGGCUUAAAAAUGUAGAUAUUAUGGCCACAGCAUAGGGAAAACAGGUCUGUAUACAAGUUUAUAUAAAAACAAAAAAUUUGGUAUAUUUUUAUUAAAAAUAAACCAAACAAGUGAAAAAACUUCAGAAACCUUUUUUUUUUUUUUGGUUCCUUGUAGUACUUUAGUCUUAGGCUUAAAAAUGUAGAUAUUAUGGCCACAGCAUAGGGAAAACAGGUCUGUAUACAAGUUUAUAUAAACUAAUACACAAUCAAUACUGGUAAGUAAAUGUUGGUCAAAAAAUGUUUUCAUAAAAUAUUUUAUUUACCUUCUUUAAAAACAAGAUAUUUACACAAACCUCCAGAGCCCAUCAUCAGCAUAGAUCUUAAAAUAGCCAGUUUUAUUUCAACAAAUUUGUUGUAUGUCAGACUGUUGAUAUCUCUCACAAAAACUGUUUAUAACUUUAUCACUUGUAUUAAGAUUUCACUACAUAUUUAAUUAUAACAGUCUACACCCCUCAUCGUUGUUGGUUUAUCUUGCAGGUCCGAGACAAGACUCAACUCUCACUGGAGAAAUUAAAGAUGGAGAAGGUCGACAGUAGCUCCCUUGUGUUGGAGAAUGAACAGCAACAACAGCUGUACGAGAAAUUUCUUGAUGUGACAGCCAAUCAGGAGGUCCAGGCCUUGUUGGCUCACAAGGUAGCUAUCUUAAACAUGGUUGUUUCUUUACCUCAUAUGUAGCUCUAUUUGUCGGUCUAAUACAUUUAAUAAAAUGUAUGAUCUAUUAAUUGUUUAUAAUAUAAUCUUUUAUUUUUCAUUAAAUAUUAUUUAAUUUUAAAUUCAAUUUUUCAUUUAACAAAUAUGAAACUUAAUAAAUACUGUAAUUUUUUAUCAUUUGAUUAGUUUCAUGAAUAUUUUUAGUAACUAAAAAAAAAAAGUACUAGUCAAUGACCUCUUUUGGCCAAAUCAUUACCUUAACUUUAUGGGGGGGUUAUUUGAUUAGUUUCAUGAAUAUUUUUAGUAACUAAAAAAAAAAAGUACUAGUCAAUGACCUCUUUUGGCCAAAUCAUUAACUUAACUUUAUGGGGGGGUUGGGGGGGGGGGACCGCUAUCUAUUUGGCCAAAUCAUUCAUUAACUCAACUUUAUUUUGGAGGAAGCCCACCACCCAAACUGCCAAUGAGUACAACCAAAUAUUUUAACAGCUUUUCAAAUAUAAAAAUUCUUGUCAAAAAUAUGUUUUUUAAGUAUCAUCAUUUAUUUUAUAUCUAAUAGUAAAUGCAAGUGGAAGCUAUGCUUACAAGUCAAGCCUAUACUUUUAGGUUGCUUACAAGUGAACUCUUGUCUGAAGUGGAAUCUUGUCUCAAGUAGACUCUGAUCUUGAUCAUGGACAAGAAUGUACAAUGUUAGUUCAUCUUAAAUUUCUAACAUAUUUAAAUAUACAAUGUUACAUAUAUUUUAUAUAGUUUUUACAAAUCUUUAUUAAUAUCCUGAAAUGUUAAUUGCUUUUAAAUUGUUUUCUAGGUUCAACUAUAGAAUAAACUUAAAUCCUACCCAACUGGAUCCCCCAGCAUCAGCCACUGUGAGCUACAACAACAGAUCAACCAGCACCAACUAUUGUUAUCAAGAGAUAAAAUAACUCACCAGCUGCUGUAAGCUCCAAGGCUUAAAGUGAAUAUAAAAUGUGAAAAUUUAAACAUUAAUGCUCUAUCAAAAAAUUGUUUAUGUGUGAUGUAGGCUUCAAUUUAAAACAAAAUUGUUUACCCUAUAACUUUUGCUGUGCUGCUUAUACUUAUAGAAUAGUAAAAUAAAUAGUCAAAAUUAAGUUAUAAACAGAUUAAAAACAUGUUACUGUAUUUUAUACUCUGAUCUAAAAUUGUAAUUUUUUUUUUUAAAACCUGCAGAAUGUCUAAAUCAGAAAGAUCAAGUACAUUAUCAUCAGAUGGACUCGUUGAAUUCUGCGGUACUAAAUACAUGAUCAUUGGAGGGACUCACUGGAUUCUGAAGGACUAAGUACAUCUUGGAGUCAAGAUUAGGAACUCAUUGAAACCAAAUAAUUCCAUUCAUUACAUUUGACAGUGAUAUUUAUAUAUAAGUAUGAUUAUUACACAAAAUCAGUGGUUCUCAACUUGUAGGUCCUGACACCUUAGUGGGACGUGUAAAAAAAAACCACCAGAAAUUUGAGUGGUUUUUAAAAAAUGUUAAUCUUUUAUUUUAAAAAAAUGAAUGUGGGCUGCAACAACUUUGCAAAUGGUAUCAAAGGGUCACUGUGAUAAAAGGCUGAGAACCGCCAGCACAAAUUGUUAAUGUAAUAAAUUGUCCUAAUGUUUUAAAAGUUGUAAUGCUCACUUGCAUAUCACAUGACUUUUCAUAACUGCAGAGUAAGUAUACAGCCUAUACAAUUAAUCCCCUCUGCCAGUCUGAUAAGAUGGCUCUUAUUGACUUGAAUGACAAACAUUUACUGGUCAAGAGAUGCUACUUUUGUCGAUUGACUGCCUCUUAGGAAGCCUUGUAAAGGGUUAGCUUUCUUCUCCACAGCUACCUCUCUUUUAUAUCGUACCAGCUCUUUUUGGGUAUGGCGUAGUUUUGUGUUCCAUAUUCUGUCCAUCUUAGUGCUGUCCUGGGAAGUGAGCUUGGUGGUAUUCUACACACACACACAAAAAACAAAAAAAAAAACAGUUUCGGUAUUUUAAUUCAUGCAUUUUUUACCAUAGUGUUUGUUACUCUUGAUUGGAAUUUCAUUACGUUAUUGCAUCGUAUUUGGUCAGAAUAUUCUAUGAGAGCUUUACAGGCAUUUGGUUUCUAGCUUCCAUUUUAAUGUGAUAGUGGUCUUCCAGGAUAGAGUGUCAUCAAGACAAUGUCACUGUCACAAUUGUCACCUCUUGUGACCUCACUUCCUAGGCACUUACACUCUUUGAGGGGCUGUUCAGUGAUUAUGCUCUACACUUGAGUCUUUAUUAUUAUGACCUGUUUUUGAUGUAUAAUCAUAAACAAAGUACCCUGUACUUAUAAACUGUGUUUUAACUAUUAAAUAAAAUUCAGGUGUACAAAACAGACAUUCCCAAAUUCAGAUUUAAAAUAAAUUGAAACUUGUCAUGAAUUGCCAACAGUGGAUCAGGGGUGUGGGUGGACACUUGCACUACAAACCUGUUGUUGACCUUUUGCACUCAUAGGAAUCUGUUCACAUUUUUUACUUUCUGUUAACACACCAGGUUGUGAAUGUAACUUAACACUGGUUUACAUGAAAAAGGGUUGAAUGUUUUUAUUCAUACAAAUACUAUUGAAUACUAGUAUUCUAUUAUUUGUUAAAAAUAUUUGGCCUGUCAUUCAUAUUGGGAAGAGUGAAGAAUGUUUAUUGCAAAAUCAAAUUUAAUUUUCUGAUGUUAUAUGUAUAGAAAAAAUAGUUUUUAUGAUGCUAUAUGUGCAGAAAAAGUAGUUUUUAAGAUAUUAUAUGUGUAGAAAAUUUUGUUUUUAGGAUAUUUUAGGUGUAGAAGAAAUAGUUUAUAUUAUGUAAUGUGUUUAUAUAUGUAGAAAAAAAUGUUUUUUUUUUAAUGAUUUUAAAUGUGCAGAAAAAAUUGAAUACAAUGCAAACUUCCUCCUUUUCUCUUUAAUGGCUUUUAUUCAAUACAUUUUUAUGUAUGUAUAAAUUUCUGAUUUGAAUGAAAUUUCAAAAUAUGUACAUUUUUAGUUUUUUAAUUUUUUUAUAAACACUUUGUAUUAGAUAAAUUGUUACCUCAGAUACAUAUGGCAAUUAAAAAUUGCAUGUGUAUGUACCACAUUACUAUGUUUGAUUGCAUGUGAUGUAUUCCAUUUACAUGUUAUGUGAUUUAUUACUUUUACAUGUUAUGUGAUUUAUUUUGUUUAACAUGUUAUGUCAUUUAUUCCAUUUAACACGUUAUGUGACAUAUUCCAUUUACAUGUUAUGUGAUUUAUUCCAUUUAACAUCUUUUGUGAUUUAUUCCAUUUAACAUGCAGGUGUUUAACUUAGCUAAGUGUACAAAUUGAUUUGGUUUCUUUGUAUUAAUUGUAGCCAGUGGUGGAAAAGCAAACCAUAUUUUCUAAUGGGCCACCAUCAAUGCAUCACUAGUACAUGCUCAUUAUGUCUUGCACAUAUUCUGUGUUCAUUUCAUUCCCUGCUUGGGGUUACUGGUAAUUUGAUAGAAAGGAAAUUUGGUCGAAUCUUUUUUUUAAAAUUUUCGUCAAAUUUCUUUUUUGAACGCCCUAUACUAUAUAUUAAAACAAAUAAUGCGUUAAAAAAGACAUUAGAAAAAAAGAUUUGACCAAAUCUCCGUUCGAUCACAUCUCUGUUGAUCAGUUUUCCGUCUACGAAAUUUCUUUCGAUAAAAUUUCCAGAUACUUUUUUUCUUUCGAACAAAUUUCCAGACAUGCCUGCUUGGUCACACUCCAUUUUCUUUGUGUUGUGUUCACUUUCUCAUCUCAUGGAGGCCUAUUUAUUUGAUAUAUUUUAAAUAUUUCUUAAUUUAAUAUUUAGUCACUUUAAAAUUUGUAUUUGGUUUGACAGCCUCUUUCUUCUAGCAGUAGCAGCCAUUGAAUAAGACAACCAUGAUUUUCGCAGCAGGCAUUACAUUGUACUUUGGAGUUUGUGUUCAUUUAUGAUUAAUUUGAGACAAAUGCAGGGUAAGCUUGUCUCAUAACUGUACAAGGGAAAUAAUGGGGUUACUGCUUUACUUAACAAUUUAAUUGUAAAAUGGAAC